AUGGAGACGAGUUUGAAUCAGAAUGCAACGAAAAUGAUGACUACUUUUGGAGCUACUGGAAUCUGUGUGGCUGAAUCAUCAGGAAUGCUGUUGGUGAACAAGGGAAAUUUGGAUCCAAAAGUGGCUUCGGCGGCUACGUUGAUUAUGCAGGAUGCGAAACGCAUGGGAGGACCGGUGGAAGAGUCGCCGGUUGUUGUUUUGCACGCCGCCAAUGGCUCAAAGCUGACAAUGUUGAACAACCACGGAGAAACAGUGGUGCUGCACAACAAAUAA